CUCUUUUCAGUUUCCACUUAAUUUCUUCGUCCCACCACUUGCCACUCCACCCAUAUCAAUAGCCAUAACCAUUAACCAUACAUAAAUUAACCACCAUUUUGCUUUGAUUCACAUUGCAUUUUAUGUAUUGUUCAGAGAACUUGAAAGUGAAUUAUUCAAUAGUGAAACUGAAACAGAAGGCCUCGCUCAACGAGUUGAUAGAUUUGCAAAUUAAGAUCGCAGGAUCAUAGCCGGAGCAAGUAUUUUCAUCUCGAAAUAUAUAUAUUUAACCUGAAUAUUCUUUAAAUCACACGUACGUAAGGUAUCAUUCCCUCUGCAACAUCAACAUUUCGUGUAAAGUUUUGAAUUAAGUCUCUUGAUAGGUAGUUAAUGUCAACUCCAAGUUCUCCCCUCCCUUCCAAUACUUCCCCUACCUCCAACACCAGCCGCCAUCGUCGCCGCAUCUCCCUUCCACCAUGGAAAGGUGCAAAACCAAUACCACUAGCCAUAUCCAUAUUAAUAGGCAUACUCUUUCGCUUCGCCGUACCAAAACCCCACCAACUCUCCACUAAAGCAUGGCAACUCUUAGCCAUUUUCCUUACAACUAUCUCUGGUCUAAUCCUCGGCCCAUUGCCAGUGGGCGCGUGGGCUUUCCUUUGCCUCACCCUCACCGUUGUAACGAAAACCUUAACCUUCGCUGCAGCAUUUGCUGCAUUCACUAAUGAAGUCAUUUGGUUAAUUGUUGCAUCAUUCUUUUUCUCAAGAGGGUUUAUUAAAACUGGACUUGGUGAUAGAGUUGCUUUGUGUUUUGUGUGUUGGCUUGGAAAAAAUACUUUGGGUUUGUCUUAUGGUUUGGCUUUGAGUGAGGCGGCAAUAUCUCCGGCUAUUCCAAGUACAACUGCAAGGGCAGGUGGGAUUUUCUUGCCCAUUAUUAAGUCAUUGGCUGUCACUGCUGAUAGUCACCCAAAGGAUGAUUCUGCUAAGAAGCUUGGUGCUUAUCUUGUUCAAUCUCAGUUGCAGUGUUCUAGUAGCUCAAGUGCCCUGUUCCUAACAGCAGCUGCACAAAACCUGUUGUGUGUGAAAUUAGCAGAGGGAUUAGGAGUAAAAAUAUCAAGUAAAUGGCUCACUUGGUUCAAGGUUUCAUGUAUACCAGCACUUGUAUCUCUUCUAGCAACUCCAGUUAUUCUAUACAAGAUUUUCCCUCCAGAAAUGAAGGACACACCAGAUGCUCCAUUAAUGGCUAGAAGGAGGCUGGAUCAGAUGGGUCCCAUCAAAAGUGAUCAGUGGGUGAUGAUGAUAGUCAUGCUUGUAACCGUAGCAUUAUGGAUUUCUGGGGAGGCUCUUGGACUAGCAAGUGUUAUCACGGCAAUGCUGGGAUUAUCACUACUUUUGGCAUUUGGAAUACUUGAUUGGGAUGAUUGCUUAAGUGAAAAAUCAGCAUGGGAUACCUUAGCUUGGUUUGGUGUAUUAAUAGGAAUGGCAACCCAAUUAACUACUCUGGGAGUUGUUGCCUGGAUGUCAAAUGCUGUGGCUAACUUCCUCAAAUCUCUUUCACUACAUUGGUUUGGGGCAUUUUGUGUCCUUCAAUCUGCAUAUUUCUUUAUUCACUACUUGUUUGCUAGUCAAACUGCUCAUGUUGCAGCUUUGUACUCUGCAUUUCUUGGAAUGUGCUUGGCAUCAAAAGUUCCUGCUCUCUUUGCUGCUUUGGCUUUGGGAUACAACACAAACCUUUUUGGUGCAUUGACACAUUACAGUAGUGGUCAAGCUGCAGUAUACUAUGGAGCUGGUUAUGUGGAACUACGUGAUGUCUUCAGAUUGGGCAUUAUCAUAGCUCUUAUUAAUAUUGUCAUUUGGGGAUUAGUAGGAGCCGGUUGGUGGAAGAUUCUUGGCCUUUACUUGCACUGAAAUAUGUAAGUGAAGUGAAUGUUCAGUUUUCCGUUUCUUAUCUAAUAUUCUUCUAAGUAGGCAUUCUUGGAUUAUGUAAAUACAUCAAAAGAAUGCAGGUGCAAAGUUCCCUGUCACUAAUGACCAACUUAAACUAUUGUAAGAAUGUUCAAACUCACCUAAGUUUUGUGUAAGAUAUCUGUGGAUUUUGAUUCUUUAAUUGCUACAUAAGAAUCUAUUAUUGAGCUUGCAAUAUGUAACAGGCAUUUUCUGGUGUAAGAACUUCAGGAUCGGCUGUAUUUCUAAUUGAAGUCAGUUUGAUUGGCACAAGAGGGCUCAUAAUAUUUUUUGAAGUUUCUGAAGUCCCAUCAUUUGGAAAUACGUAAUAACUGCCCGGUGCACAGAGGCGGACCUACAUGGAUAUGAGAGGGAUCAUCGGAACCCGCUAGCCUCGGCAAAAACCUGUAUAUAUAUUUGUAUAUACAUCAAGGACCCCUCAAAUAAUUUUGAUGUGCCCUCUCAAGUAGAAAAAGUGAACUACUCUGUUGGUUUAAUAAGUUACAUUAUAUCCUCCCUCACCAGAAGACCUGGGUUCGAGGCCCAAUACCAAUUCUCUUUUUUCAUUUUAUUUGUUUUUCUCUUUGAAUUCAACAUAGUAUAGUAUCAUGUAUUUAGUGGUCAACUUGUUUUAUUUUUCUUUAUCUUUUCUAAGUUAAAUGAACAAUAAUUUAGUACUAGUACCUAGAAGGAGAUAAAAUAUUCUAUUAGCAAAAAGCCAAUCACCUUCUUUAUCCUUA